GGCAGUGACGUCAAUGGGAACCGCUUGACGCAUGCGUCACGUGGGUCUGGUGAGCGGGGGCACAGCCUGUGAGCCGCAGCCGCUGUCCAGAGUCCUGAAAACAGACGAUCCCGAGAGGAGACCCCAAACGGAGGCAAACCACCACAGAAAUUCCGCGAGGACGCACAAAAACGGCUUUCACGGAGGACUGAGGCGGGCCUCGAGGGACCGUGGGAUUCCCAGCAGCGGACGUGACGAGGAGAGGACGCUGGAAUCCCCGCAGCUCCCACGCAUCUGCAGGUUUGAGAUCUGGUUGUCUUCAGCACUCCUGACCAUGACCAAGAACUAUAAAGCCACAAGUGUCUUCACCCUUCUCAUCCUUCUCGUAUCCGUCUCAUUUCCCCAACUGUCCACCUCCAACCCUCUAAGACGUAAUGGAGACGGUGAAAACCUUCAUGCUGAUGCUCCAUCUGGACUGGAAAACAGACAUGAAGAGAGUGCAUCAUUUCACAAAGAAGAGGAGGGGGAGGAGGAGGAGCUCUUCAAAGAUGUUGAUCCCAGAAAAUUAGCAGCAGUUUUACUGGAAGCGCUGAAUCACUCACAAGCGGAGCGAGGCAGACCCGAAGAGGAUGAGGUGAAGACUGAGAGGAGAGCUGUCAAAAAGCAGGAGGCAAACAAAGAGGGAGGAGACCGGAACAGAGAUGGACGGGAGGAGCUGGAGAUGCUGAUUGCUUCACAUGGGAAGGACAGGGGGAUUGAGGAGGAAGAGGAGAGGAAGAGGGCUAAGGAAGAGGAGGAGAGGAUGACAGAGCAGGUGAACAGUCACACCGUAAGCCAGACAAUCCAGUUCCAAAAGCCAACAGGUUCAGAAACGGCAUCAGGGAUCGGGAAUGGAGCCGCUUCCCAACCAGGAUUAACCACCGGAGACCAAAACAAUGAUGAGGACGAUGAGGAGGAGCAGCUCAACCCAGAGGAGCUCAAGAGUCUGGAGACCAUGAUGAAGGAGUUUCCUCGUUUGAACACCGUUACUGAAAGAGAGGUUGAAGCAGAGCGCCGGCAGACGCGCGCUUUCAGCAGCUACAAUGACGUCAUACCCAAACAUAAAGGCAGCGAUCUGGCCCUGACGAAGAAGAAGCUGAAGUGGCAGGAGGAGACGCAGAAGGCUCUGUACUUCCCAAAGUUUGACAGUGACAACUCCAUCCAACAACUGGAGGACAAGACGUACGGUGGAAUGGCUGCUCAGGCUCCACCAACAGAGGAACAAGAGGAAAAGGAAGAUGAACCAGAGGAGGAAGAGGAGGAGGUACUGAGCCCAGAAGAAGAAGAAGCCCGAGCCAAGGUGGAACAAGAGGAGAUGCUGAGGCAGGCAGCUGAGGCACAAAAAGCCAAGAUGGAGGAAGAAAAGCUGGCGGACAUCGCCUCAGACAUGCUCCUGCGGUACAUGGUCAAGCAAAACCACGGCAAGAAGAAGCACAGCUCUCCUGUGUCCAACGCCGCCGAGGACAAGAGGUCCAACGAGGAGCAGGAGGUGACCGAGGAGAACGACAUCGACCCACAGACCAUCGACAAGCUCAUUGAAAUUUCCAGUAAGCUGCACCUCCCAGCGGACGAUGUUGUGGACAUAAUCACGGAUGUUGAGAAGAAGAAAAAGAAGGACGCGCCCCAACAGCUGAUGUCCUUCUGGCAGCGUCCUCCAUCAACCCCGUCGUCAUCAUUUUUGGCUGGGUGGCAAGCUUCAAAUCAAAACAGCCUUCCAGUUUCCAAGCAACCAUCUCCAGCUGCCAAUCUCCUCAAGACAUGGUUCCAGGAGAAAAACAAACUCAGAUCAGAGAAGUUUCAAAAGAAACUUUCCAAAUCUCUGCAGGCCAGUCCAGGCUUUUGGUCUCAGCCUGCCAAGCCUCGCUUGGUCAAACAGAACCGCCGUCUCAACCCCUCUAAGUCUGCUUGGACCAACUAUCCUGCUUACCCCUACGCUUACACCUCCUACUACCAGAGGAGCCCCUUCCUGGACUACUACCCCAUCUAUCUUCCUCCUGCCCCCAGACCCAAACCCCUGUACUACAUCACCAAACCCCCUGCCGCUCUCAACAGCCUGUGGGGAGGUUCUGUGGACGCGUUCCCCCCUCGGAGGCAUUAUCAAAGCUGGGUGCAGCCUCAGCUGAGGAGGCCUCCUCCUGUACGCCUCCAGCACAAGUCCUACUACAACGGCUAUCCUCCUCGAUUCCCCCAACCGCUUCAGAGGGUCCGCGUCCCUGAAGAGCGGCCCUCUCUCCAAACAAGCUUGGUUUCCUCCCUGCAGAAGAUGUUUGGUGACUCUGUCAAGGUGCCCACAGUGACACGAAACGAUGAGGCUGGAAGAAAGGCAGACGGCAGCAGCCUUGAUGAUCUGGAGACGUACAUUCAACAGAUCCUCAUGGAGAGACCUCAGCAGAAAGAGUGACUGACUGACUGACUGACAGAAGAAAAGGAUGAAGAGAGAUUCACAGGAGCAGAAAACUGACAUUUUCAUCUCUUCAUGUUGGUAUUUGUGGUUUGUUUGACAUAUGUGAGAAGUUUGCAGAGGUGUCUCAACCCAAACAAUCUUUUUCUUUGGUCUGGAUCAUGUGAAGAAGAGCUAAUGAAGGCCCACUUGGAACUGUUUGGCCGUUCAUCAAUGCCAGUCUGAAGCCUUGAUGGGAGAUUCUGAUGCUUGGUGGCCUUCCUGGCAAUCUGGACAUGAUAGUGUAAGGUCCUGACUGGGACCGCAUGAAGAGUUGUGGCGGUCUUUGUUACAUUGUGCCUGUGCUGUGGUCUCGAUCCAUCUGGUGCCCGUUAGUUUCUAACGAGGUUGGAAAAGUCGUUGCAAGUCUGGGUUCUCCAUCCAGAACUGCCUGAUCUCCAGAAGGCAGCGUGCAAACUGUCCAUACACAACAUGGAGGACAUCACUGUGUAGUCUUUGUUAGAAUUUACAUUUGACUUACUAGGAGUCUACACUAAAUUUAACUGACACUUAUUUCCAGGGUCACUUCUUAAGCAUUGGACACAACAGGCUUGUGACGUGCAUUCAAGAAUGCGCAUUUAGCCAGCGGUGUUCACUCUGGACAAGCAGGGAGGGGCUUCUUCUUCUUCUACCACUGUUUACCAGAGCUUGUCCUUCCCCGUACAGUUGGAAGAGGCUUGGAUUGAAAUGUCAAAGCGGUGCAGAUCUCGGCUCUUUCUUUCACCGCUCUAUUACGAUAUAUGAAAGACUUGGUGUCAUAAUACGCCAGCCGGACACAAAUUGCAGUUAUCAAUUUCUCCUCCACGAUCAGUUUUCUAACAGUUGGCACUUGUGUGAAUUGAAAGGGGAGCCAUCCAUACCUCACCAUCAAAUCUAAGUCCAAAUUUCAACUUGUUUAACUUUCAAUGUUUGUUCAAUGGACGCGCGUUUUGUGCGUAGAGCCUGAAAACGGUUGUAGAGACUUGCAUAGUGAUGCGCGAACGCGAUUGUUUGAAGCCCAAAAUGCAUGUAGAUGUAGACUUUUCAUUGAAAGUGAACGCAACGCUCGCGGCCCGGGCCGCUGGGAACGUAGCUGUACGGUUGGAGGGAAAUGUGGGGUCUGGGUCUCCCCUAACCUCACAUUAACCAUCACUCGUGUUUUUAUUUUAACCCAGAAUGAACCAACUGUUACGGAAGCUGCUCAACCCACUGGGUCGUCCAGAACUUCAACACUAGAUGGCACGGUGUCCACAAGGACGGUAACCAUGACGGAUGGGAAUCAAAAUUCAAAUCAAAUCAAGCUUGAAGCACUUUAAAGUUAAAAACAAAAACUGACCAAUAAAAAAAUCAAUAAGUAAUAUAUAUUAAUCAUUAGAAAGAUAAAAACCCAUCCCACCCUUUAUUCUCCCCCUUCCCUCCAUUAGCACACACAACCCAUGACCACACACACAAUGAAUACUUGUAAAAGUAAAUACUACAGUAAACUAACCAUUUACCAUCAAACCUAUAAAAUGAAAAUACCCAACAAUGAAAAAUAUUGCAGUUCUGUGUUUUGUUUAAGAGCUCGACCACUGACCUGAACUUCUGAGUUCUUUUACCUCUUUUACCCCUACCUCAUGUUCUCACACCAACUCAGUUUCAGUCAUUUCAAACGAUUCUUUCAUCCUCAUCCCUCCCAAAAGCGAGGUUUACCAACAGAGACCGCAUGGUCGGGUUAAACAGCUUCGUGGCUCUUUCAUCGUCACGACUUUCAGAAUGUUUCGAGAUUUCAAAGCCUAAAAAUGUAAACAUUCCCAUGUCUUGAGAUGGGCUUUGUGGUUCCCGCCCUGCUCUGAAGACCCCAAAUGAAUCAGCUGCUGGACUUUCCUGUCUACCGUUUCUCAACUUUCUGAGGAUUUGUUCAGCUUUAGCGCUCACUUUGUCCUGAUUGUGUUUUAUCUCACGUUAGUCCAAAUCAUUUAAACCUCCAAAAUGAGUCAAUAGAGGCAGAUUAUGAGACCGACUGUAGGCCGCAAAGAGAUGUAUCCCCUAUAUUUGGAGCAAAACGCCUCCAAAAUACUCAUUAGUCACAUGCACCCUAUAUAUGGACAACAUGCACAGGUCACAUGCACACAUGGGUCGACCCCAUAUAUGGGGGUCAACCCCACGUGUUCUCUAUAGAGAGGAGAGGGAACACUAGUGUUUUUUGCAUUUUCCUUGAGGCUAGUACAGUCACCUCAUGAAAAUGGAAUGUACCAUUGUCGUACUUGUACUGAGUAAAUCGUGAAGUAUUUGUAACGUAAGUUACACUCACUUUAGACGUACAGGUGAUGCCGUCGUAAAGUGCCCUUACACCACACUCUAGUCGUCAGAAGGUGUGCGAACUGGCUCUUGCGCGGUGUGCAGGUUUUGGGGUAGUGGGAAAAAUGAAAGAUCCAUACGUCACGCAGGCACUUACUUACCUUUACCUAUCGUAUAGUACCACCUGUAGAAAAAAAUCUGCAUGAACAUUUUCACUCUACAGGCUCAACAGGCGGUCAACGGUCUUAAAAUUUCGUGUGGACCCCCGGCAGUACAGAUGAGCCCAUUUUUUACCUGCAGAUAGCCCGUAUCCACCCGUACGGGCAGCUGUGACUGAGGCCUUUACAAUCAAAUGCACAAAAUUAAAAAUUACAGGGGGAAAAAAAACUGAGAAAACCAAAAUGCUUUUCUCCUUUGUGGUUGUGAAAAGAUUCCUUCUUGUUCAACAACUAAACCUUCAUCUCCGUUUUCAUCUGCAUGGUCCUGGUGUGUCAAGAUUUUUGAGUCCUCUUUCAAAAGACAGAGCUUGAAAGUUUUAAUGGAAUAAAAAAAAAAACUGCCAGAGUUGAACUUCAAAGAAUGCAGGACAGAAGCAUCUUUCCGUGAAAAGUGACGAGACGCGUUUUCUUUUUUUAAGAGAAAAAGCUGAAAAGGAGGUUUUAUGGCGAACAGCAGGAGAGGCCACGCUAAAUGAUGACAUUAUGGAUGACUCAGCAUUUUGCAUAACUUUAAGGACCUUGUUGCCAUGGUGCCAAACUCUGGCCGAUCACUGCACGGCUUCCUGGAAGCAUGCAGCUGUGGAGGCUUGUCAUCUCCCUCCAGACACACAGUUGCCUCUAAAACGGCUGGGAAAGCUCGGUUUGUAUCAAACUUGCUGUUGUUUCUAAGACACGUUGUCUCACUCCAUCUGAAGGAAUCGGCUUUGGUCAGGAUCACUUUUGUUUGGUGUGUUCUGCACGUGGGAACCGCUGGUUUGUGUGUGACCGUAGAAGUCAGUGUGCAUGUUGUAGAGAAGCCUUUCUCCUGUCAUGUCUGGAGCGUCUGCCAGAACAUUUUCACACAUUCCUCAGUUUGCCGACCAAAGGAGGAGGUGGACUGCAUGACAAAGACGAGCGGCUCAACCACAUUUUUCUACCUUUCAACGGUUUGUUUGGAGCAUGAGCAGGACGCCCCUCAAAGGGGGGGGAGGGCGACUCCUGAAGCCGAGGGCAUGGAGUCUGCACGUUUCUCUCAAAAAAAAAAAAAAAAGAAAAACGUUUCUUUGGAGAUGCAUCACUUCAAAAAGAAUUUAAAAAAAUCGUCAAUAUUACAGCAACAAAUAUGUCAGUGAAGCCUCGUCUAAGUUCUGUGUGUUCUGACUGUUGUCUUUGCUGAUUCUGGCUGUACAGUGAAUCUUAAUAAACCCCAGUUUGCUGAAUGUA